CGCCGCUGAGCUCAUCGCGCUGCGCCGCUCCGGGGCCGCACGGAGCCGCUCCUCGGGCCUUGCGAGGCCGGCAGCCCGCGGAUGUGGGCUGAGGUGUUGCUUCUGCCCUGCAGGGCUCGGCUGCUUCCGCCUCUCCGGCUGCUGCACCGCGCGGCGCGCGCCAUGAGGCUGCAAUGCCCGCAGUUCCAGGCGCUGUUCACACCGGGGCUGCGCAGCGUGGCAGAAUUGUUUGAGAAGAAGAACUACGAGCUGAGAAUAGCGGGAGGGGCUGUGAGGGAUUUGCUGAGUGGAAUGACGCCUCAAGAUGUGGAUUUCGCCACUACGGCUACGCCCGAAGAGAUGAAGGAGAUGUUCACGUCUGCUGGAGUUCGGCUGAUCAAUAACAAAGGAGAAAAACACGGAACCAUCACGGCCAGGCUCCAUGAACAGAAUUUUGAAAUUACUACUCUCAGAAUAGAUGUUGUCACCGAUGGACGCCAUGCAGAGGUGGAAUUCACCACCGACUGGGAAAAGGAUGCUGAAAGGAGGGAUCUGACCAUCAAUUCCAUGUUUUUAGGCUUGGAUGGGAUGCUGUAUGAUUUCUUUAAUGGAUAUGAAGACUUACAGAACAAGAAGAUAAGAUUUGUAGGAAAGGCAAGCGCAAGAAUACAAGAAGAUUAUUUACGAAUCCUAAGAUAUUUCAGGUUUUAUGGAAGGAUUGCAGAAAAACCUGGCGAUCACGAAUCAAGCACACUGCAAGCAAUUAAAGAAAAUGCCAAAGGUUUGGCUGGGAUAUCAGGAGAAAGGAUUUGGGUAGAACUGAAAAAAAUUCUAAUUGGAAACCACGUAAAUCAUUUGGUUCGACUUCUGUAUGACCUGGACGUUGCUCAGUACAUAGGUUUACCAGUUAAUGGAAGUCUGGAUGAACUUGACAGAGUCAGUAAAAGUACUGAAAAUUUGUGUCCAAAACCCAUGACUGUUCUGACGUCAUUGUUCAAGGUGAAGGAUGACGUAACAAACCUUGAUUUGAGGCUGAAAAUCUCAAAAGAGGAGAAAAACCUUGGCUUCUUUUUGCUGAAACACCGUGAAGAGUUAACUAAAGCGACGGGUCCAGAACCACUUAAACCAUAUCAAGACUUCAUAAUGGAUUCUAGGGAAGCAAACACUAUUUCCAAAAUAUUAGAACUCCUGAAGUACCAGGGAGAAGAGCAGCUUUUAAAAGAAAUGCAGCAGUGGACUGUUCCUACUUUUCCUGUUAGUGGCCAUGAUUUGCGGAAAAUGGGCAUAACUUGUGGGAAAGAAAUUGGCUCAGCACUACAGCAGUUACGGGAGGAAUGGAAGAAGAGUGGGUACUGCAUGGAUAAAGAAGAGUUGUUAAGUUGUGUGAAGAAAGUGUAAAAGGUAACAAUAAAGGAGAAAAUGUUUUGCGCUAUCAUA